AAAGGAAAAAAAAAUUCCUUGCUCUUUCCCAUCUUGCAAGAUGGCGGGUGAAAAAGUUGAGAAGCCAGAUACUAAAGAGAAGAAACCCGAAGCCAAGAAGGCUGAUGCUGGUGGCAAGGUGAAAAAGGGUAACCUCAAGGCUAAAAAGCCCAAGAAGGGGAAGCCCCAUUGCAGCCGCAACCCUGUCCUUGUCAGAGGAAUUGGCAGGUAUUCCCGAUCUGCCAUGUAUUCCAGAAAGGCCAUGUGCAAGAGGAAGUACUCAGCCGCUAAAUCCAAGGUUGAAAAGAAAAAGGAGAAGGUUCAUGCAACUGUUACAAAACCAGUUGGUGGUGACAAGAACGGUGGUACCCGGGUGGUUAAACUUCGCAAAAUGCCUAGAUAUUAUCCUACUGAAGAUGUGCCUCAAAAGCUGUUGAGCCACGGCAACAAACCCUUCAGUCAGCACGUGAGAAAACUGCGAGCCAGAACCAGCCCCAGGACCAUUCUCAUCAUCCUCACUGGACGCCACAGGGGCAAGAGGGUGGUUUUCCUGAAGCAGCUGGCUAGUGGCUUGUUACUUGUAACUGGACCUCUGGUCCUCAAUCAAGUUCCUCUACAAAGAACACACCAGAAAUUUGUCAUUGCCGCCUCAACCAAAAUCGGUAUCAGCAAUGUAAAAAUCCCAAAACAUCUUACUGAUGCUUACUUCAAGAAGAAGAAGCUGCGGAAGCCCAGACGCCAGGAAGGUGAGAUCUUCGACACAGAAAAAGAGAAAUACAAGAUUACGGAGCAGCGCAAGAUUGAUCAGAAAGCUGUGGACUCACAAAUUUUACCAAAAAUCAAAGCUAUUCCUCAGCUCCAGGGCUACCUGCGAUCUGUGUUUGCCCUGACAAAUGGAACUUAUCCUCACAAAUUGGUGUUCUAAAUAUCUUAAGAACCUAAUUAAAUAGCUGACUACAAAAAAAAAAAAAAAUUCCUUCUCUUCUG